AAAUUUGUUCAACCUAAAAUACACUUCGUAUUCGGAAUUUUGUUUUCCUUUCACAAACUUAAUAGCGCCGUGUUUUAUUUUCGUUAAUUUUUUGAUUUUAUUCCUUUUUCGACAUCUUUCGAACCGAUAACAAUUUUAAUCACAUAACAAAAAGAAAACACAAUGGAGAGAAAUUAUGCUGAAGAUCAGGCUAACGAAAUCGAAGCACUCGAAUCAAUUUAUUGUAAUGACAUCGAAGUGGUCAGCACAAGUCCACAUAAUUUCAGUAUAACAAUAUCAACGGAAGAAUAUGAUGCCGAAACAGACAGUAAUGGGCUAUCGUGUCAAUUGGUUUUUACCUAUACAGAAAAAUAUCCAGAUUCGGCACCAUUGGUAGAAAUCGAAAGUCCCAUUAAUUUCGAAGAUGAUUUCGAAGAAAAGUUAUUAGAGCACAUCAGUGAAACGAUCAACGAAAAUUUGGGCAUUGAAAUGAUAUUUUCAUUGGUGAGCAGUGCACAAGAAUGGUUGAAUGUAAAAUGGGAUGAUUAUAAAAAGAUAGAAGAAUCACGGGCCCAGCAAAAACAAAGAGAACUCGAAGAAGCUGAAAGGAAAAAAUUCGAAGGAACACGUGUUAGCGUCGAAACGUUCCUUAAAUGGCGUAACGAAUUCGAGCGAGACACUGGUUUAGUGGAAAAACGUGAAAAACAAGCGACCAAAAAAUUAACCGGUCGCGAAUUGUUUAUGCAAGAUAAGACAUUGAAUGAAUCGGAUUUGAAAUUCUUAGAAGCUGCUGGCGAACCAAUUGAAAAUGUUAAAAUCGAUGAAUCACUUUUCCAAAAUCUCGAAGAUUUGGAAUUUGGUUCAGACGAUGAUGAUGACGAUGACUACGUUCCCGGCGCUGAUGAUUCCGACUAAAGGCCAUUUUUAUUUGUUAAUUAGUUUUUUAAGUGAACAAUUAUAAAAUUCAAUGAAUAAAACUAAUUGAUAGUAUCUUAUUGUAAAAGAAA